UUGCCUAAAAAUGAAGAACCGUUCAUUCGUCUUCCCCAGGCUGAAGGUGGUUUGGAAAACAAUGACGGUCAUUAGAACCAUCACAAACAUGAUCCUCAGAGAAAUCCUUCAUUCCCAACCUUAUUUUACUCUAUCAUCACCCCCAAUCUUCCCUAUAACUUUGCACAAUCCCAAUGCCGCUUUGCGAUUCCGGCUGCGUGAGAUCAGUUUCGGUCGUGUCCUAUGCGCCGCUUCGGACUCGGCCGGUGCCGGAGGCAAGGUGUCUUCCCGGCUGUCUCAGGUUCAGCAGCUGUUGCAAGAGGCGGAGGAGCGCGCUCUAUUGGCUGACAGCGAACCCGCCCCUAAAAUCACUCUCGACCAUGUCACUGUGAAUUUUGCAAGAAGUGGUGGGCCGGGAGGUCAGAAUGUUAACAAAGUGAACACGAAGGUUGACAUGCGCUUCAAUGUUAAAGAUGCAUAUUGGCUAAGCGAGAGAAUCAGGGAAAGGAUUAUACAAAUGGAGAAAAAUCGGAUCAACAAGGAUGGAGAGCUUGUAAUUUCAUCCACAAAAACUAGAACACAGAAGGGUAACAUUGAAGAUGCCUUGGAGAAACUUCAGGCUAUAAUUGAUGCUGCUUCUUAUGUCCCGCCACCUCCCUCAGAAGAGAAAAAGAAGAAAAUUGCUAAGAUGGCGGCUAUUGGGGAACAGAAGCGCCUUAAAAGCAAGAAGGUCCUGUCUGAUAAGAAGGCGUUUCGAAGGAGUCGGAACAGUUGGGAUUAAUCAUCUUGCUAACUCAGCUUGCUCUUUCAACUCAGGAAGAUAAUACAAAAUCAAAAGGUAAUACUAUGAUUUUCUGGUGCAAUGAAGAAACCAUUCAGAGAAAAACCUGUUAAAAGCAGAGGACUAGGACUGGGAGAUUUGCUUCCUUCUCAGGUGAUUUCUGGAAAUUUGCUAGAAAUAGAUACAAGAUAACAAUUUUUUUUUUCACUUGAUUGGUGAAUGAUAUAUUUGAAGCACCGGCUUAGAUUAAAUUUUAUAGAACCUCUCUUCUGAUGCGACUUGCGAGAACAUUGACACGCAAUGUCUCGUCUCGUCAGUAUGUUAAACUAAUAUCAAUUCAGUUAUAGCUUCUUUUUAUUUGCU